AUGGCUUCUGUAUUCCGUCACUCCUCGUGCAUCUCCUUCAUCUCCCAAACUGCUCGUCCAGGAAUGCCCAACUCGGGGCUCCCGGGGAGUGUGGGGAAUCGUGUCUUCCACCGCUUACAAGUGCCGGAAUCAUUAGGCAGCACGAUUGAAUCGAUCGACGUAUCCCUACUCUAUAAGGAUUUUAUUGAGCGAAUUUCCAUUGAUGCUGCUGGUGAUCUGGGUCUUACUGAGCCAGACUCAAAAUUCACCCAUUUCAAGCGUGAUCGCAUCAUCCUGCAUCUCGACAACCCGGGUCCCCAGGGCACCAGACCUUUUAGCAGCAGAUGCUGA